AUGGCUUUUCAGAGAGUUGCGAGCGUGAGCGACAUACCGCCGGGCGUGACCAAGGUAUUCGAGGUCGGGGACAGAGCGGUUGCCGUAUGCAAUGUGAGCGGCGACUUGUACGCUAUCGAGGAUGUAUGCACUCACGACGGUUCGUCAUUUGAACAGGGCGAGCUUGACGGCUGCGAGAUCGAAUGCCCGAGGCACGGCGCUCGCUUUGAUGUGAGGGAUGGUUCGGCUACUGAAUUGCCUGCCGUCGUUCCGGUUGACACCUUUGCGGUGCGGGUCGAAGGUGAUGACAUUGAGGUUGACGUUUAA